GCUGUUUGCGUGAAGUGUUUUCUUGCUGCAGCUCCAACUCGCCUGCAGAGCGAGAGUCUCCGAGGGGUGAAAGCGAGGGAAGAAGCGCAGUGAAACCAGGAGGAGGCGGAGGAAGUGGGGGAUCCUUCACAUCAGAGAAGAAGCAGGAAGGAGAAAAGGAAAUAAUAAAGCGCGCCCUGACAGAACAGAUUAGGUGUCCGCGGUAAAGAGAAACCGGAGAGUCGCCUCUCUUGCGCUGGAAAAUGGAGCUACCCGCCGCUGGAGAGCACGUCUUUGCGGUGGAGAGCAUCGAGAAGAAGCGCAGCAGAAAGGGGAGGGUCGAGUAUCUGGUCAAGUGGAGAGGAUGGUCUCCAAGAUACAACACAUGGGAACCAGAGGAAAACAUCCUGGAUCCAAGGUUGCUUGAUGCGUUCCAAGACAGGGAACGUCAGGAGCAGCUGAUGGGAUACCGCAAGAGAGGACCCAAGCCUAAGCACCUUCUUGUUCAGGUGCCAUCAUUUGCCAGGAGGUCCAACAUUCUGGCAGACCUUCAGAAGGCGUCCCUGGAAGAUGACAGCUGUCAGAAGUCCAGCCCUAUCCAGAUGAUCCGUCCCCAGGCCCAGCCGUUCCAGCUGAACAGCAAGAAGCUUCACCAGUACCAGCCACUGAGCAGGGAGCGUGAGGCCGAGCAGCAGUCUAAUGGCAAGAAGUUCUUCUAUGAGCUCAACAGCAAGAAACAUCAUCACUAUCAACCAGACCUGAAGCCCCACGAGCCCGUUUUCCCUAAUUCCUUGGACUUCAAAGCUCCAGAGCUGGCGAACAAAGGAUACAAUCUCCCAGCGGUGCUGCAGCAAAAGUGGGUUCGGGACAAAGACUCAGGCUGUCUGACUAAAGUGAAGGAUAUCACCAUGGAGUUGAAGAAACUUCCAGCCGACCUUAAUGGACAGAAGGAGCCAGAGAGGGUGAAACCAAAAGAAGACGCCUCGCCACAGUCCAAUGGUGUCAGCAGCAGUAAGCUAAAGAUCGUCAAAAACAAGAACAAGAAUGGGCGGAUUGUCAUUGUCAUGAGUAAGUACAUGGAAAAUGGAAUGCAGACUGCUAAAAUCAAAAACUGUGAUUCUGAAGGUGCUGAAAGGCCACUUCAUGGAGCAGAAAGCAGCAUGGAGAGACACCUGGCAAAGAUGAAGCUUGUCAAAAAGCUCGGCCUCAUGAACGGAUUUGCGAGGCAAACCAAGGACAACCCGACCGUCCCCAGUUCUGGCAUAAAUGGAGAUUGCUGCAAAGAAAAAGAACUGUCCCUUCAAACAGAGCAGACUUUGAUGGAACAGGAUAAGUCCGCCGAGGUCAUGGGCGAGGGGCAGCUUUCACAGGAUCAGCCUUUACAGCUCACAAACAAGCCUGAUCUACUGCCCCUGCCCUCAGAGAGCGGCACUCCAGGCAUAAGAGAAACCCAAAAUAGGCUUCACGGACUAAAACGACAUCUUUCCAACGCAGAUCUUGAGGAUCACGGAAGUAGUAAGAGGUUUAUGAGUUGCAGGAGCAUCAGCACUCUCAACACAGCUUCCUCGUCCUCCCAAAGCAUCAUUGUCAACCAAAAUGGACACAAGAGUCCGGCUGUACAGCAGGACUAUGGCUACGCAGACCAAGAGGAACCCAUGGACCUGAGCAUUGUCAAGUCAAGGCCCACAUCUUUAGGCUGUGCUGUGAUUGAGCCGGAGACACGAGCUGCGGAGCCGGCACUUUCACACAAUGACACAAAAACACAGACAGACACACAAACAGAGAGCCAGACUGAAACACACAAACCCUCAGAGGAGGAGAGAGUUGAUUCUGUGUCUGGCUCCCACAACCAAGCAAGUAAAGACGAGGCAUUUCCUUCUUUCCAGCCUUGCCUUGGGAAUAUAGUGAUCACGGACAUUACUGCAAACUGCCUCACCGUUACUUUUAAGGAAUACAUCACAGCAUAAUACAGCUGGAUUCCACCUGAGGGACUGACAUACAAUAAAUUUGUAUUUUCUGAUUCCUGAAUGUACAAAUUAAGCAUUGAUGUUGUUUUCAUUUUGUAAAACUCAGAGUUAAACAAAAGAAAAAAUACUCUUUUAGUGCAUUUCAUGCAUAUUUUCUAAGUAUCAACCCAACCUGUUGGUAUUUUAAAUUUCAAACCUAAUCCAAGCUGCAAAGUUUUAAUAAUUGAUGAAACUCUAGCCUAACAUGCACUUACUUUUGUAGACAGUCUUCGUUUUCUAUGGAUCUAAUUUGAUUUAUAUACUCAGCUGUCUACUUUACAGAUAACUUUGGAUAAAUGUAGGCUUUAAAGGGAGUUUUUGUAAGGAAGAAAAUUAUAUUGAAUCAAGGUACAUUACACUGUGUCAGAGUGUGUGUGUGUGUGUGUGUGUGUGUGUGUGUGUGUGUGUGUGUUAGAGAUGGACAGUUUUAAACAAGAAUGUGUGCUGCUUGGAUGUUGAUGAUGCCAUUAGGCAUGCUUAGACAGGCAGAUAAAGAAAAAUAAGCACCUUUACUGUCAAUUUGUGUCAUAGAAACAGGAGAGGAGAGAAACGUGGUCACCAUUUGAUCUGUUUGAGAAACUUGAUCUCCAUCGACGCCCCCUCGGAUCUUAAACUGAGCACAAGUCACUUCUCUUUAGUUUGCAGCGUCUGUUUAACCUACUGACAGGGUCUUGUUUUAGUAGAAUAAUUUACAUGUGUAACAAGGACAUUUCAGAUAUAAUUUUGUCCUUCUGGCUCCAUGGGAUCUGAGGUGCAUUGAGGAACUCUGUGAGAAUGCGAGCACUUGUAUGUGCAGACUAAAAACCGAAGGCUUCCUAUGAUACUUAUUGCAAUAAAAAAUGUUUUGCAAAAUAA